CACAUUCCUCGAGGCUGGAUCGCAGCCACGGUGCCUGGGCCUCAAGGAACAGGGACCCGAGCCCCGGGGCCCACGUAACAAGGACGAGGCCCCAUCGCCGACGGAACACUGCUGCCCGCCCCCCCAAAAGCAGGGACAGAGCUGAGGGGUGCAGAGCCACCCUCGGGGAUUUCUGUCAGCCCCCCACCCCCACCCCAGGACUCAGGACCGGAGGAUUCUAGGACCCCCCAGCACACUGGGGGUCGGGGUGGGAGCUCGGGAGAAUUCUAGAACCCUAAUCCAGGUGCUGGCGGCCUGUGCCUGUCAUCCCAGCAGGAGCAUGUGGUGAGCCCGAUGGGGUGGUGACCCCCCCAUCGCCGCCGGCUCGGGCGCCAUGUGGGCCAACGGCAGCUCCUCGGGGCCGUGCUUCCGGCCGAUGAACAUCACGCUGCAGGAGCGGCACCUGAUCGCGUCGCCCUGGUUCGCCGCGUCCUUCUGCGUGCUGGGCCUGGGCUCGAACCUGCUGGCGCUGAGCGUGCUGGCCGGGGCGCCGGCGCCGCGCUCCUCCUUCCUCACCCUGCUCUGCGGCCUGGUCCUCACCGACUUCCUGGGGCUGCUGGUCACCGGGGCCAUCGUGGUGUCGCAGCACGCGGCGCUCUUCGCCUGGCAGGCCGCCGACCCCGGCUGCCGCCUCUGCCACUUCAUGGGGGUGGCCAUGGUGUUCUUCGGGCUCUGCCCGCUGCUGCUGGGCGCCGCCAUGGCCUCGGAGCGCUUCGUGGGCAUCACGCGGCCCUUCUGGCGCCCGUCGGCCACGUGGCGCCGCGCCUGGGCCACGGUGGCGCUGGUGUGGGCGCUGGCGCUGGCGCUGGGGCUGCUGCCGCUGCUGGGGCUCGGCCGCUACACCGUGCAGUACCCCGGCUCCUGGUGCUUCCUGACGCUCGGGCCGCGGCGCGGCGACGUGGCCUUCGGGCUGCUGUUCGCGCUGCUGGGCAGCGUGUCCGUGGGUCUGUCCUUCGUGCUCAACACCGUGAGCGUGGCCACGCUCUGCCGCGUCUACCACGGCCGCGAGGCCGCGCGCCAGCGCCCGCGGGACUGCGAGGUGGAGAUGAUGGUGCAGCUGGUGGGCAUCAUGGUGGUGGCCACCGUGUGCUGGAUGCCGCUGCUGGUCUUCAUCGCACAGACCCUGCUGCAGACGCCACCUGUCAUGAGCCCCUCCGGGCAGCUGUCGCGGGCCACGGAGCGCCAGCUGCUCAUUUACCUGCGGGUGGCCACGUGGAACCAGAUCCUGGACCCCUGGGUCUACAUCCUGUUUCGCCGGUCGGUGCUUCGACGCCUGCACCCGCGGCUCAGUUCCCGGCACCGGGCUCUGUCCCUGCACCCACCCCCAGCCCAGGCCUCGCUCAACGGGCCCUGAAGGACUGUGUCACCCACGCCGCGUGCCCUCGGUGACAGCCACAGGCCCGUCCCAUCCCAGGAGCCCGAGUGCGCUGUGGACCAAAGGACGGGAGCCAUCGACACAGGGUUGACUCCUCCGAACCCCAAGAUGAUGCUGGGGACGUCCUCCCUGAACCUCAGGCUCCCCCCAGUCCGGGGGUGCUUGGCUCACAUGUGAGAGGCUCCUUGUCUCAGGCCGACCUGAGAAUCUGCAGCUGAGACCCGGAGCCCAGAGUGGGGCGUCCCCAACCUUGCCAGAGCCUGGAUCCGGGACACCUGGCUCGAGGGUCCUCGACCUUGGGUGUUGGAAGCGUCCAUGGGGUCCCCAAGCCAAGGCCGGAGUCACCAACCUCUCCAGUUGACUCCGGGCGUUUGCGAGCCUCCCUCCCCCACGGCUGCCCAAGGCACUCGCUCAAUAAAUGGUUGACCAGG